AUGGAGAGUUACCUUAACCGUGCAAAUGCGGUUUUCUGCUCGAUGAUGGUGUGCCUGAGUGUCCUGGCACUUGGAAAUAUAGGGUCUUCGUACUUUCUUACAAACCCAAUUUCUGGUUCGGUCGCAGCCCGAGAUGUCUAUGCAUUUGGCUACAACUACGCCCUCAGUGGGGACCAGGCGGUGUUGGCGCUGGACAUUAAGGCGGAUUUGCGCGGAUUGUUUCAGUGGAAUGCGAAACAGCUGUUUUUAUUUGUAGUCGCCGAAUACGAAACCCCUCAACACCCUGCUAAUGAAGUGGUCGUGUUCGAUAAGAUCAUCACCCAUGAGGAGGCCGCACUGAUCAAUCUGGUGAACGUGCCAGCAAAGUAUCAUCUGCGGGAUAAGGGGAAGGGUUUGAGGGGUCGGGACGUGACUCUUAAAUUGCAAGUGGUUUACCAUCCAAUCGUUGGUCGUAUAUCCACGCAAACGGUUGCGUCUUCUACUUUCCGAAUGCCGUCCAACUACGAUCGCAUUACAUCAAAACAGCAACACGCACAACAGCGGGAACAAGUGCGUGAAGCUGCUGCCGUUGCUUCUGCAAGACCAGAGGAUCUUGCAUAG